GCCCUAAAACCCUGGCUGACAUCAAAGACGUGAUGCUUUUCUUCUUCGUCGGCGACAGCAAUCAGUAGAACACAAAAACAAAAAUGGAAAUCAGUACGGUCAUGGAUAUCGAGGAACAACCUUCACCCAACCCCAACAACGUUAAACGCUUCGGUCUUAAAAACUCUAUUCAAACUAACUUCGGUGACCACUAUGUUUUCCAAAUCGUCCCAAAGGAUGAUUGGAGUUCAAUGGCGGUGUCAUUGUCAACGAACGCGGUGAAACUGUAUUCACCUGUGGGGGGUCAAUAUUAUGGAGAGUGCAUGGGUCACUCUGCAACCAUUAACCAGAUUUUGUUUUCGGGUCCUUCCAAUCCCCAUGUUCUAUGCUCCUGUUCUUCAGAUGGCACAAUUAGAGCUUGGGACACACGAACGUUUCAGCAGGUUUCUUUCAUCAAUGCUGGUUCUUCUCAAGAGAUCUUCAGCUUUUCUCUUGGAGGGCCUAAUGGAAAUUUAAUUGCUGCUGGCUGUAAAUCACAGAUACUCUUCUGGGAUUGGAGAAAUAAGAAGCAAAUUGCAUGCCUACAAGACUCUCAUGUUGAUGAUGUUACUCAGGUUCAUUUUGUCCCUGGCAAAGAAGGCAAGCUGAUAUCUGCUUCAGAAGAUGGGUUGAUCUGCACAUUUGAUACUACUGGCGAUAUCAAUGAUGAUGAUCAUCUAGAAUCAGUGAUUAAUGUAGGGACUUCAAUUGCAAAGGUGGGGACUUUUGGAGAAAGUUAUCAGAAGCUUUGGUGCUUAACACAUAUUGAAACCCUGGGUAUCUGGGACUGGAAAGAUGCUAGAAAUGAAGCGAACUUGUCAGAUGCUCGUACUUUAGCUUCUGAAGGCUGGACUUUGGAUCAUGUUGAUUAUUUUAUUGAUUGUCACUACGGUAGAGAAGCUGAAAAAUUAUGGGUUAUUGGUGGCACUAAUGCUGGUGCUUUGGGCUACUUUCCCGUAAAUUAUAACGAAGCGGCAACAAUUGGAGCUGCAGAAGCAAUUCUAGAGGGUGGCCAUACAAGUGUUAUUAGGAGUAUUUUACCCAUGUCAAGAAUUCAUAAUGGAACUAGUAAUAGUCCUAGCCCUGGCAUUUUUGGAUGGACAGGUGGGGAAGAUGGUCGGUUAUGUUGUUGGCUAUCUGAUGAUUCCCCUCAAAUCAAUCAAUCUUGGAUUUCAAGCACAUUGAUUGUGAGGCCAGAAAGAACUCGCAAGAAUAAUCGUCAUCAUCCCUACUAGCAAUAGCAUGCCAAUGUCAACAGAGCAUUUCUCUUUAUUAUUUUUCAUUUAGUUAGUUUUAUUUCUCCCUACAACUUGGGUUGAGUUUUGAUAAAACAUUUUGUUUUCAUAUAUGUGUAUGUAUCUACUGCAUGUAAUAUUUGUACUCUGGGUAUUUUAGGGUGCAAAUGA